UCGACUGAUCUAGUCGGGUUAGAACACCCGAUUUUCCCUUCACAAACCAAGCUAAGGGCGUGAGGGUGGGACGACGCAGAGGCAAAGACACUCCAUUCAGAGAGAUAGUGGGUUAGAGAGAGCGAGUUAAAAGAUGUUACGGAAAAGCAAUCGCGCCAUGGAGCUUCUAAUGAACUCGAGGAAGCUUCUGGAAGCUAGGGUUCAUACCACCACCAUCCAAGCAGUGCCAAGGGAGCUGAUUGGUCCCAGGGUCGCAGCAAAAGAGAGGGCUCAGGGAAGGAUCCCUGCUGUUGUGUUUAAACGGGAGAAUGGCGUCGCAGUUUCAAGAAAGCAGCUCUUGACGACAGAGAGAAAGCAGAUUGUUUCGGUGCUAAAAUCGUUUAAAGAGGAGCCUUUCUUUUUGUCCAGGACAUUUCGCCUUCAAAUACGAGCUGGUCCUGGUUCUUGUAAGCUUCUUGAAUCCGGCAAUGUAUUGCCCAUUAAGGUUCACCGUCGCCCAGAUAAUGGUGAGGUGCUCAAUCUGGUUUUUGUAUGGGCUGAUGAGGGUAGUGAACUAAAUGUUGAUGUGCCCAUCGUCUUCAAGGGAGAGGAAUGUUGUCCAGGGAUUCAGAAAGGCGGUUAUCUAAACAAGAUUAGAACCUCUCUAAAAUACCUCUGCCCAGUUGACUGCAUCCCCCCACAAAUCGACGUAGACCUGAGCAGCCUGGACAUUGGGGACAGGGUUUUCAUGAAAGAUAUUCAGGUUCAUUCUUCGUUGAAGCUUCUUAGUAAAAAUGAUAAUAUGCCCAUUUGUAAGAUAGUCGCCACACAAUCACAGGUACCAUUGGAAGCUUAGGAGAUGGAAUUUUGUUGUGAGAAUUAAGGUUCUGAAUAAACAUAUAAAAAUAUUUUCAGAACUUAUGGUUUUAAUGGAAGGAGAGAGUUCACCAUGUUACUUA